AUGACGCUGAACAAAGUGCUCAACGAACUUCUGGAAAAAUGGGAGGGGAAAAAGAUAAACUUGUACAAUGUAUGCAUUUGCUUUCAUCAUAUAAAACAAGAUGUUUUUCUAAAGUGGAGAGAUAGAAGAGAUUUUCUACUGAAUGAUUUAAAUUUAGAUACUUUUAGGAAAUUCAUGAAUCUAUUGGAUAGGGAGCAAAGUGAAAUAAUUGCAUCGAGUAUUGAAGACAAAUAUUUUUUUCUGAUAUUUGUGACCUUCAUCUUUAAUACAGAAAAUGAUUUCCUAAGGAGGAAUUACAUUUUGGCAAAACAGGUUGAAGAAAAGUAUUCAAGGGUAUACACACAAAUGAAAAUAAAAAAUAAAUCCAAACAGGAGGGAAGGGAAAAGAAUAAAGACAAAGGAAUCAAUGUGACAACAGAAAAUGUAGAACAAAAGAGUAAUAAGGAAAAAAAGAAACACUUGUUAAACAAACAAGUGGAAGAAGAAAUGGCAAACUCAAAUGAUCAACUGAAUCAAUUAAAUAAUGUUUUCGAAAAUUUUGAUAUACUGAUAAAAAGGGUAGUCGAUUUAAAGAUAAACAAUAACUCAUGCCAGGAGAACGAAUUUUUAAAAUGCAAAAUGUAUGUAUUUUAUUCAUUUCUAAAAUUUCUAUUCAUUUUGUCAAAUGAUUGUCCAGAAAUUAGAAAGCACUAUUUGAAACAUUUGAAAAAUAUCCUUCUUAUUAUUCUGAGCAUAAAAUUGGGUAUGUUGAUAAACAGUGAUUAUAUAGUUCAUCUUGCCAAUGCAACUCUGCUACUUAUUGUAUGUAUAAAUUUUAACGUUGUGAAAGAUUAUGAAAAAGAAUUUUUAAAUUUUUUAACUAUGCAAUUAAAUAGGAAGAAAUAUUGUUUACAAACUGUUGAACAAAUACUUGUUACAUAUUUGCAAAAAAAAAAGAAUAUCAUUUUAAAUAACGAAAUUUAUGAAAACUUAAAUAAUUACAUAGGUGAUAAUAUAAAUUUAUUUUUAAAAUAUGGGAAAAAAGAAAACUUGUUUUUUUUUUUCAACCUUUUACAUAUAUUUAAUAGUUUACUUAAUUGUAGAAUUAGUAAUACGAAUCAGAGCGUCUAUUUUGUAAAACAUGUAGAAUGUGUUAAUAUAAAUGUAAGUAUAAAGGAGAUAAUUGCAAACAUACAAAAACUGCUGACCUAUUUGGGAAAUAUGUCAAAGGAUUAUCUAUCCUAUAAGAAAAUGGACAUAUCUCUCGACGGAGGUCCUUACACUUAUCAUAACGAUGAACAGUCAAACGAUUUAUUCAGCAUUGAACAAAUUUUAAAAGAAGAAGAGAGAAGAAAGAAGGACCCAAAUGAAAUAUUCCGAGGAUCGCCCACUAUUACGAAUAACAGUGUAUCUAAUAAUAUAUUCACAUAUAUAAUCGACAACGUAUUUUCUUUCUUUCGAAUUUUAAUAAAAGAACAAGACACAGAAUCUAUAAGUAUGAAUACACAUAUUUUUGUGAAUUUCUUAAAAUUCUUCCACAUUAACAAUAACGAAUCGGAUUUGUUUUUAACAAAUUUCAUGGGAGCCAAUUUUAUCACAUAUUGUAAGGAACUAUUAGAAAAGUGCCCUUGCACAUUGAACGAAUUGGUAAAUUAUAUUAUGCACAUAUUCAGAAUUGUAAAUUUGCUAACCAAAAAUAGGUUUCAACUGGGGGAGGGGAAAUUAUUCUCCAUAUUAAGAAGAAUAAAGGAAGUCCAAAUUGGUGAAAGUGGUGAAAGUGAAAAACGAGGAAAAAACGAAAAAAACAGAGAAAGAUAUGAAAUGGGGAAAGGGAUGAAUCUCACAGAGCCCAUCCAUGCACUGUACAACAAUUCGCUUAGUGUCCUAGGAGUUUUCUUGAAAAAUGUAGAAAAUUAUGCGCAUGAACAAGUCAAGGAAAAAAUUCUAACCCAUUAUGAACAUUUCCUUUUUCACACACUCGAUGAUGAAAGUAAUGUAAAUUUCCACAUUAUUUUUCAAAACAGUACCUCUAUAUAUUUAACAUUAAAAGUGUUAUCCAAUUUGAUGAAAAUUCACAAAUUCGAUUUUGAAAAUAUAUACAACUUUUAUUUUAAGUUGACCAAAAUGGAGACCGAGGUUAUCCAAGUCAGUCAACAAGGGGCAUCCUUUUAUUAUAAAAAUGAACUGCACAGUAAUACCACAUUAGUACGAAAAAUCAAAACGUUCAUUUUAACUAAUUUAGAUUUGAUUUCGUUAGAUGUUAGAGGAAAGAGUAUAAAUGUAGGAGGUGAUAAAUCAAAAAAGCUAGAACAGUUGGACAAGUUGAUAAAUUUGAAAAAGUCAGAAACAGCGUACCAAUUUGAGCCCCCAAUUACAGGAAAAUCUGUUAACAUUUUAAAAGACAAGCAGGAAUUGAAACAUAACCAAAAAAACUUGCAGAUGGAUGAAAAGCACAUUAAUAUCCCAAUGGAGGAAAAAGAAAAAAAUAAACGAGCACGCGAAGAGAUGAAUAUGCAAGACGAAGAAUUAUUUAAUGAUGAAUCAUGCGCUAGAAAAAAAAGUGAAUACGAAUGUAUAUCAUCACCAAAGGAUUUAGAUGAACAGUUGAAUAACGCAAAGAUGCCAGGACUAAAAAAAGGUAAAUUUUAUAGUCAUAAGAACCAAUAUAAGAUUAAAAAAAAAGAAAAAAAAAUUAACAAUCCAGAAGAAAUGGAUAGUGCUGAUUAUAACGUUCAAGACAUGGGGGAAAGAAUAUCUUCCUUUCAAAAGGGAAAAUAUUUAGAAUGUGAAAACAUUUGCAAAGAUGGAACAGUCCAAAAAAGACAAAACAAUGAAGAUGGAGAAAACGGAGAGAUUCAGGAAGGUGCAAAAAUGGAACAUACUAGUGACAUGAUAAAUGAUACCUCAAUCAUCAACAAUGAAGGUAAUCAGAACAAUAGUGUUCUUAAUUGCACAGAAGAGCUAGACCAAUGGAAUAUAAACCAAGGUGAAAGUGCAACCAAAAAAAGAAAAACAAAAACGUUGGAAAAUGCAGACCACAGUCGUAGUAGCCAUGUGGAAAACAGUUCUUCAAAUUUAAAAGAGUUAACAGAUAAUAUAAAAAAGGUAUCAUCGUCCGAUGCUUUGGACUCUUUGAAGUAUAUGAAACAAUCUAUUUUAAAUGACUUGUAA